GCGCCACCAGCCUUGCUGGCGCGCGAAGCCACGCAGAAGCAGAUAUAUAAUUAAAGUAACCAAAGUUGCGAUGAACCAUCCAAAACGAGUUGACAUGCUUCAUUGCUGGAAGUGCAGAAAAUAUGUAGCUAGUGCUGAUAGCCUCAUGAAAGAACAAACCACAGAUUUAUUUAAAGCAGAAUGGACAACUGGAAAACUGAACUGCCCAUUCUGUGAGGCCCACCCGGGGGGCUUUAACUUUGCCCAUCAUACAAAAUGCUCCUGUGGCUGGUGUACAAAUAUCCAUCUCUUCAAGAAGCAAACUGAAUCCCAGACAGCUAGUCCGGUUACACUAAAACACUUGUCACUUUGUAAAGCUCGGCCUGGUUUUAACAAGGAAAUGUGGCAGACAGGUGGGACUUCUGGAGACAGAAAUCAAGAACUUUCAUCCAUGGCCAAAAAUAACUCCAGCGCUGGAAGAUUAAUGGAAGCACUUUGCCUAGAGGUGAGAUCAACCAGCUUUGAGAUGAAUAGUAAAAAAUUACACUUCAAAGUGUCUUAUCCAAAAACAAGCUUUUCCGUUUCACCGGCUGUGAAUGACAGAUGCACUGUAAGAGCUUUUCAUAGAAAAUCACAGAGUUUGGAUCUGAACUUCAGAGAGAAGCUUGUUUUCCUGCCUACUUUAUAUGGAACUUCUACUACGCAGAGACCCUUUUUCUCCAGGCGAUGUGGAACACAGCCCUUUCACACAAAGGGUUGCAUACAAUUAAAGUCCAACAGCACACAUAAUUAUUUUCACUGCCCGCUUAAAUCAGAUGUUGGUGAGCUUCCAACAUGUUUCUCAGUCACUUCGUAUAGUGUAUUUAAACAAGAGACUGAGCUUAGGAGCAGUCUAGAAGCUUCCAAACACUAUCUUGAGAAUGCAACUGCUGACCAGUGUUCAUUCCUGUCUUCAUCAGCGAGCACUUCAAAAGAUUAUGUUGGACAGCAGCACAUUACACCUCUUAGCCUCCUUCACCCCUUGUCAACUGUGGAGCAAAAGUUAAAUAGAAGGAAAAGAAUCAGAUUGAACAGUUUGAGGAGAAAACAAAGUUGGAAAGAGAGGUGGCGACAGAAGCAGGCUAUGAAUGAUAACCUGAAACCCGAAGAAGAGCAUGAACACAGAAGAGAGAAAGAAAGCUACCUCUGUGCAGUAUGCCUGGAUGUUUAUUAUAAUCCUCAUAUGUGCUACCCCUGCCACCAUAUCUUCUGUGAACCUUGCCUGCGUACCCUUGCCAAAGAUAACCCAACCAACACUCCGUGUCCUCUGUGUCGCACUAUAAUUGCCCAAGUCUAUUUUCAAUCAGAACUGAACCAUUCCACAAAAGCUCGCUUUCCUAUGGAAUACUUGAAAUUAAAGGAAAUUUUUCAAGAAUCAAGUUUAGCAAACUGGCCUCUCCCAAGCUGCAAGAAAGCAUUGAGAGUUAUUGAAGGUUUUCAGAGGAGCACAGAUUCUUUUACACGAAGGCAUUUCCCUCACGCUGCACACAGGAUGGAUUAUAUGGACUUUGAGGAUGAUAGCCGAGGAUGGUGGUUUGACAUGGACAUGGUGAUAAUCUACAUUUAUUCUAUCAACUGGGUCAUCGGGUUCAUUGUCUUUUGUUUCCUCUGCUAUUUCUUCUUUCCCUUUUAAGAUCUUGCAUUUUCUUUUCUUUUUAUUUCACUUGUCUUGUAAGCGGACAAAUGUACCAAGACAGAAAGAACGCAUGAAAGUUGAGGCUUGCUGUGUAAAAAUGACUGAACUAUAUAGCAAGCAUAACUCAGUAUCCCUUUUUCUAACCACUUUAAUUUUCCAUUGUAGGUAGACCUGAGUAUUUGAACUUUGCUCAAACUGUGGUGUGAAGAAUCACUUCCGUGUAGAAAAGAAUUGUCAGAUUAUUUUAUUACGAUGAUUACUUAAAGUGGCACAUGGUUUGCUGACCUGCCCUUUUUGUUAUUGGUAAAGCAGAAGCGGUCAUGCAUAUUCAUCAAUCAAUGGCUUCAUCAUCAAAAAUAUGAAUCAGCUACACACAGUUUUUUUCAUAUCAUUUUAAACAAUGUUUUCUAUGUAGGCUAUUCACCUGUGCGUGCAUGAGUCAACAAGUGAUGACAUUAGCUAUUAAGUGAUGGCUUUGCAUGUGUGAAUCUGCCCAACGAUUGGUUUGCCAGCACCUGAGUGCUUCCUUUUUAUUGUGUUAGCUCAGAUUCAUAAAUGCAUGCAGAAUUAUGAGGAAUUGCACAUGUGAAUGAGCCAUCCCAGAGCAGCCACCUAGCCAGGAGCAUUGCCUCAGAUACAAAUCUGUU